GGGACAAACGCAGUGUCAACGAUGACGAGGCCAACCAUCACCACCAACUACAGAUGACUUGCCAUUUUAUUUACAAAGAUGUCGUCAACAGCUGAAAAUGGAGACACGGUACCUGGAAAACAAAACGAAGAAAAAACCUACAAAAAGACUGCAUCCUCAGCUAUUAAAGGUGCUAUCCAGCUGGGAAUUGGAUACACAGUGGGGAAUCUCACUUCUAAGCCGGAACGCGAUGUCCUCAUGCAAGACUUUUACGUGGUGGAAAGUGUGUUCCUCCCCAGUGAAGGGAGCAAUCUGACCCCAGCACAUCACUACCCAGACUUCAGGUUUAAGACCUACGCUCCACUGGCCUUCCGAUACUUCCGAGAACUCUUUGGUAUCAAGCCUGAUGAUUACUUGUACUCCAUCUGCAGUGAACCUCUGAUAGAACUGUCCAAUCCUGGAGCCAGUGGGUCCUUGUUUUUUUUGACCAGCGAUGAUGAGUUCAUCAUCAAAACCGUUCAGCAUAAGGAAGCCGAGUUCCUGCAGAAGCUGCUGCCAGGCUAUUACAUGAAUUUAAACCAGAACCCAAGGACUCUUCUGCCGAAAUUCUAUGGGCUCUAUUGCAUGCAGUCAGGGGGUAUCAACAUCCGAAUUGUAGUGAUGAACAACGUGUUGCCGCGUGCCAUGAGGAUGCAUUUGACCUAUGACCUAAAAGGCUCCACAUACAAGCGAAGAGCGUCCCGAAAAGAGAGGGAGAAACCCAACCCCACGUUUAAGGACCUGGAUUUCCUGCAGGACAUGCACGAGGGCCUGUAUUUCGAUACAGAAACAUACAAUGCCCUUAUGAAGACGCUGCAGAGAGACUGCCGGGUGCUGGAAAGCUUCAAGAUCAUGGACUACAGCCUUUUGCUGGGCAUCCACAUCUUAGACCACUCCCUCAAAGACAAGGAGGAGGAGCCCCUGCAGAACGUGCCGGAUGCAAAGCGGCCCGGGGUGCAGAAAGUCCUCUACUCCACAGCCAUGGAAUCCAUCCAGGGGCCAGGCAAGUCUGCAGAUGGGAUCAUUGCAGAGAACCCAGACACAAUGGGAGGCAUUCCAGCUAAGAGCCAUAAGGGAGAAAAGCUGCUUUUAUUCAUGGGCAUUAUUGAUAUUCUCCAAUCAUAUAGAUUAAUGAAGAAGCUAGAACAUUCCUGGAAGGCUCUUGUUUAUGAUGGGGACACCGUUUCAGUUCAUAGACCAAGUUUUUAUGCAGAUAGAUUUUUAAAGUUUAUGAAUUCCAGAGUUUUCAAGAAAAUUCAAGUUCUGAAGGCCUCACCUUCUAAGAAACGGUGUAACUCCAUCGCCGCGUUGAAGGCAACCUCCCAGGAGAUUGUGUCCUCCAUCAGCCAGGAAUGGAAGGAUGAAAAGCGCGAUUUGUUAACGGAAGGGCAGAGUUUCAGCAGCCUGGAUGAAGAAGCCCUGGGAUCCCGGCACAGGCCCGACCUGGUACCCAGCACUCCAUCAUUAUUUGAAGCGGCUUCUUUAGCGACCACAAUAUCAUCUUCUUCCUUAUAUGUCAGCGAACACUGUCCACAAGACAGGACUACGCUUUAUUCAAACAGCAAAGGGUUACCUUCCAGUUCGACCUUCACCUUGGAAGAAGGGACCAUCUACCUGACUGCUGAGCCAAACACUCUGGAAAUGCAGGAUGACAACGCCUCUGUGCUGGAUGUCUAUUUAUAAAUGAGAAUAGCAAGCACCUGAGCACAUGGGCGGGACCAGAACGCAGCUGUAGGAGAGAACUUUCCCC